UCUCUCCAUUGCAACUUUUCCACUUCCCUCGGCAUUACGCCUAAGAAACGUCCUCCUCCUUUUUUCCUCCCACUUCUCUCUCUCUCUCUCUAAAACUCCAUUUUCUUCCUUGUUUCAUUCUCGGUCCCCCAUGAUCACACUGCCUUCAACUUGAUCCAGAGAUACCCAGAAGCUAAUCAAUGGGUUCCUGCGUUUCAAUCCAUAGAAAUUCCGAUUCCCCCAUGAAGCUCACUCUCUCCAACACCGACCAGAUUCUAAUCCCCCCCUCGCCGAUCAAAGACAACAACAACAACGCCGCCGUUUUCGUCACGCCCCCUCCUGAACGCCACUAUAGCAAAGAUGAAGCGUUUUUUGAUUCCCGGGCCUGGUUGGAUUCUGAUUGUGAAGAUGAUUUCUACAGUGUCAAUGGUGAUUUCACCCCUUCACGAGGAAACACUCCAGUACGAGGAAACACUCCGGUACAUCACAAAUUCUCCUCCGGUACUCCUCGGGUGAAUCAAGUUCAUUUCAUUGAUGAUCAAACUCCAGCCACCAUGCCUGAACCAUCCCCAACAGGAAAGAAGAAGCUGGCUGAACUGUUUAGGGAGGGCUCAAGAAAUGGCACUGACAUACAACCCAAACCAACUCUAAACGAACUCGCUCUGCAGUCGAAUCCUGAAACACCUUACAUGUCAGGAACAACCUCUCUAUGCGGCAGCGAAAGGACCCCGAAUGAAGAUGUCUGGAUGGAGAAGGAGAAGCCAUUUGGGUCUGUACAGUGCUGCCUUCCAAGCUUGCGAUCGUGCCAUAGCUUCAGCGACCGGAGGAAGAAGACAAGUCCUGCCAUAGCUGUAUAAAAUUUGAUCAAACAUGCCCUCGGAUUCAGCCACUGCGAGACCAUAUCUUAUGGAGCUCACAAUAGUUGAAAAAAUGUGUAAAGUUCUGAAAUAUCAGAUGCAGAAGCAGCAGCAGUGAUCAAGAGAUAUUGCUGUUGUUGAAAGCAACGUCUUCCUUUUCAUUUUCUCUUUUCUAUAUAUAUCUUACUUCAUUGUCUCGUAUAAGAAUGUAAGGAAACAAAGAGGAGAAAGGGAAGAGAGAAAAGAAAGUAAUAUAUAAGACUUAUAGUUCUUACUUUGAGAAUUAUAAUAAACAGCAAAGUUUUAUACAUCUA